CUACCUCGGGAUGGACUGGGAGCGUUGGAUUUAGCCACAUAGCAACACUCCGGUGUACGCGGACACAUGCACGACUCCCGUAGAGGAACCGAUUAAAGUAGAAAAAAAUCUCAACUAGGUGACAUUGCUCGGUGGUAUGUCGCAAAGACCUCAUUGGUGAACACUGCGGCCAAAGGAGUUGUUUUUCUGGCGGAUAUCCCGCACCGCUUGCCGGGGACUCAUUGAUCAAGGACUCAGGUUAUCGAGCCGACGUACUAGCUGUUGCUCCUUACCAAGCCACACAACUUCUGUUAUCUCCCGACACAGCAGGUUAACUAAGUGACCCCCCAACCAACUAACUAUUUUCCGGGCGUGGUGGAGGCAUUCCCCGGGAAGCAGCGACGUGUGCGAACCAUGAGGAGGUGUGCGAGGAAGGUUGGCCGGGCUGCCUCGGCUCGCUAGGCUAGCGGCCACGUAUUGACUUUACCUCCCCGCCGACCUGGAUCUCAAUUUGGGAGUUUUUUCCCUCUCUAUUUUUCACUGACUUGAGGGUAUACUUUGCCCCCGGGAUGUUGUAACUCGGUUCUGGUUCGACCUUUCCCAAAAAAAAAGCUACCAUUGACGGGGAGAGCAGUCAUUCGCAACUCUGGUUUUGAAGACUUGGAAAGUUUGAGGCGAGUGGAGGAAAAUGGAUGCGGGUAUAGAGAAGGAAUGCGGGGCCCUGGGAGGACUGUUCCAGCUCAUUAUGACCGACAUGAAGGCCUCCUACCCUGCAUGGGAGGACUUUGUAACCAAAGGAACCAAACUACAGUCCCAGCUCAGGACCACGAUCUUGGUGACGGGAUCCUUCCUGGAUGCUUUCCAAAAGGUAGCAGACAUGGCAACCGGAACCAGAGGGGCCACCAAGGAGAUCGGUUCGGCACUGACCAGGAUGUGCAUGAGACACCGAAGCAUCGAGUCUAAACUCAAACUCUUCACUACUGCUCUCUCAGAGAGUCUCAUCUCCCCGUUGGAGGGGAAGAUGGAGGAGUGGAAGAAAGUGGCCAAUCAGCUUGACAAAGACCAUGCUAAAGAAUAUAAGAAGGCCCGGGCAGACAUUAAGAAGAAGUCCUCUGACACCAUCAAACUACAGAAGAAAGUCAAGAAAGGUAAGGAUGAAGUGCGUCUGCAGCUUGACAGCGCCCUACAGGAUGUGAGCGUGCGCUACAGUGUGCUUGAGGAAACGGAGAAGAGGGCCGUGUGUCGUGCACUGAUUGAGGAGCGCGCACGUUACUGCAGCUUCAUCAGCAUGCUCAAACCUGUGCUGGACCAUGAGAUCAGCAUGCUAGGGGAGGUGACUCACCUGCAGUCUAUUCUAGAGGACCUGACUCACCUGACAGCUGACCCAACCCUGCUGCCACCAGCUAGCGAACAGGUGAUUUUGGAUCUGAAAGGUUCAGACUUUAAUUAUACCUACCAGACCCCCCCGGCGUCUCCAAGCAACAGUCUCUCCAGGAAGGGGAGUGUCAGCAGUAACUACCACCUUGGUUCAGUCCGGCAUGUCCCCUCUUUGGACUCCAUCAGCUGCUCUGGGGACGGUAGCGCCCAGGAUCUUGGGGGCGCAGCCGACCAGAGGGCUCGGGGGUCUGGGGUCAUCGGAGGACCAGAGAAUGGUUCCCUGGCCCCGCCCCCCCACUGCGCCUACAACCAGGAGAGGAGCAGGACCAUGUCCACCUCUAGCAAGUCUUGCUCUGCCAGGGACCAGUUGUCUGGGUGUAACUCUGGCGCCCCCCGGAGCAGCAGAGACUCACUGCACUGCUCUAGUGGCUACAGCACCCAGACUACCACCCCCUCCUGCUCAGAGGACACCAUACACACACAUGCUUUAAAGAUUGAGCCGCCUCUCUAUGUCGACUACGAGUCCAUCUCGCUCCACGGCGGCGAUGCAGACUCCAUCUCCCUCCACAGCCUGCGUCUCCACAGCAACAGCCAGUCCGACUUCGACCACCGGUCGUCGACCAUGCCCCGCAACUCGGACCUGAGUCUGCAGUGCCGCAAGAUGCUCCAGUCCAAACGGCCCUCCUCCACCGUGUCCCUGUUGGCUGAGCCGGAGCUAAGGGCGUCGCACACGGCCACCAUCCGCAGGAAGCCCUCCUCCAAGCCGGCCUACCGCCGGGGCACCAUCAGCGGGGCCCUGCCCAUCCCCACCCCCACCCCCCAGGUCCCUCCCCUCAAGGCCCUGGGCGUUGCCGGGAGCGACGAGAACGUCUUCCUCCACCCGGCGGCGGUGGCCGGGCUCUCCCACAGCAAGCAGUACCACACCUCCACCCAGAGUCUGAGCGCCAUGCCCCCGCCCUCACCCUACUACCAGCUGGUCCCGGGGCGCCUGCCCAUCCCAGUCCCCGUCCCCACCGCACCUGUAGGGGGCAGCAGCACCCGGCUCAACCAGCCGCACGCUCAGACCGGAGCUCCCCCACAGCACCAACCGCAACCCCAACAACAACCACAGAUCCACCACCAUCAACAACAACAGAUUCACCAUCAACAACAACAGAUCUACCAACAACAACAGAUCUACCAUCAACAACAACAACAACAACAGAUCCACACUCCACAAUCGCCUCAACAACAGAUCCAUCAGCAACAGCUGUAUCAAGUGGCCCAUUCACAGCCGCAACCGCAACAACAACAACUGUUGUAUCAACCACAACAACAACAACAACAACAACUGAUGUAUCAAAAACCUGAACAACCACAGGCCCACCAGCAGCAUCAACAGCAGCUGGUCCAGCAGCCACCCAAAUGUCCUGCCCCGCCUGCCCAGGAAGAGGCUUCUAAUCCUGGGUACAUUGUCAACUACCAGCCCCCGCCUCCGGCCCUGGGCCUGGAGGAGCCAAGUGCGGAUGUAGUGGAUGGAGGAGGGGGAAGCAUGCAGGCUUGGAUCAGAGGCGUGAAACUCAGACCGACCAUGACCAAUGACCGCUCGGCCCCUCUCCUGCCCCCGGCCAAUCACAAGUGACCCGCAGAGAUGGGCCGCUCAACCUUCUCUCAGAAGUCAAAAACACUCUGUGUCUUCAAACACACAACCGUGUCUUAGACACCGGGAGUUUUAACUCGCUUCGUACGUUCAAAUUUAUUCUGAAUCAUCUGUUAAACGUUUCUUAUGUGUAUUGUGCUUUUAUUUCAUUUUUAAGUUGUGAUUUGUUUGGAUGUUUGGCUUUAAUUACUUUUAUUUUUUUUUAACCUUAUGGCUUUUUUAUUUUCAUUUGAUUGUCUCUUUAAGUUGUUGCUUUAUGUUGCUUUAUCUUACACAAUCAAUGUUCUGUGGCACUGUGUCAGAUGCUGAUUGGUUGUCAGAUGUGAGUUCUUCCUGAUAUAUGGGUCAAGGCCAUCCAGGAUGGACCUGCUGUUUGAACUGGUGACUGUCCCGGGAUGGCUGGGCGGAGCCUAGCUUAGUUACCAGUCACAACAAGAAUGAGUGAGGAAUCGGAAUAAUUAGGUAGGUUAAACCUAUCGCUGUUAAUGACCUAUCAAUCAGACGCCUAGCUGACAAUCAGUCUCUAGAAGCCUAGAUGUCAAUCAGACUCUAGAUGUCAUUAGACUCUAGAUGUCUAGAAGUCAAUCGUACUCUCGAUGUCUAGAAGUCCAUCGGACUCUGGAAGUCUAAAAAUCCAUCGGACUCUAGAAGUCGAUCAGGCUCUAAUCCGACUCAGCUUCAGAUUUGUUGGGUGUGUGAGGGCAGUGAGGUUUUGCCAUAGCAGGCUAUGAGUGCUAACCUUGUCCUCUCACCGUAGUUACACCAGACUUAUCCAUUCUAAACCUUUAGAUGCGAAAGGGGUGGGUAUAGUAUUGGUGGUGUUGACCGAUAAAUGCAGCCUGUAAAUAUGUCGGGUCAGGAGGAAUAAAUGGUAAUGUACUAUCAAUCAUCAAUCAAUUGAUAUUGGCUUCUGUUAACCAGAGCCGCAGAGAUGCCAUGCUGGAUCUGUUUGUUUCUAUUGAUCAGUCGAUCGAAUGAUAGCAGUCGUGUGUAUAUAUUAGUGCUUUCGUUUCCCUAAAGAGAUAUCAAUAUAUAUGGAUAGUAUUUUGUUGAUAAUUGAUUAGCGUUCGCUAUAGAAGAGGCGUUAAGCAGAAGCCUAUUUUUGUACAAAAGUCUGGAAAAACAAGCCAAAAAACUAACUUUUAACAGCUGGAGUUUAACCAGUAGGGAGAGAACCAAAGACCGCACAGACGGGUUUGGGACCAGAUGUCUGUUGCAUCAGGAUAAUGUGAUAUUUUUGGGCUAGCUUUGGGAUGUAAAUCGAUUUUGUGUUCUUUGCAAUUUGGUUAAGAUAUAGUUUUAAGUGGAUCCUUUAGCUUUAAGCCUCAUCCUAAAUGAGUCUACUUUGGUUGAACCAAUGACUGUCUUCAGCAGCUGUGAUGUCACUACCUACCGGUAGUAAAUAUUUGUUUUGAUUCAUCUUAAAAGAUCUUUAAAGAAAA